AUCGACGUCCGAUCAAUCUCCAAGGCCAUUAGUUAUCUCAACGACAAGUUAGACACAAUCGCGAGUUUGACCGAACCCCGAGAGAAUGCCUUUCUGCGUUAUGAGGAUGAUCCCCAUGUCGCUUCUGAUGCACCCGCAAGAUCUGACCCCUCCACAGCAACAUCCAACAACCCACAACCUGGGUCAGCCGGAUUUGUGGAUAUAGCGCGGUGCCUGGCUGCUUUUGGCCGGAUCACUGUUAGCACCACUUACCCUCCUCUCUGCACUGCCAAUCUACCCGGAGAAAUGCACGUGCAUUUGCCUGCCAAGGUGUUGGUGCAGGCUUACGAUUACCACGGUGAACGCCAGACAACCGGUAAGGACCCAAUUAGUGUCCACUUUAAGGACUCUAACGGUCGGGAAGCGUCCUCAUUGCUGGUUGACAACGGCGACGGCUCCUACGAGAUCACACUCUGCCCGGUCAGUGCUGGUCCACACACCCUAGCUGUGAAUAUCCUCUCUCGACCCAUUCGAGGCUCACCCUACGUCAUUAACGUUCGUGGGAGACAGAAACCGCAAUGGAGCAUCGUUGAUGAGUGCGCAUGA